GCCAGUCUUAGCCGGGCUGCAAUGGGGUUACCUUUGCACCGAGUAGUUCGGGGGACCGCGUUGGGAACUGUCACUGCCGCACGGGGCGCCUGCGUGCUGUUGCCCGAGAUGUUCAGUCGCAUCGGUGGCCGCAGCAUCCCAUUAGUGUUCUCAUUCUUUCAUUGCAGGUGUCUUUCAAAGAUUUCUGUGACCAGCAAAGUCAAGAUGUCCAUCAACGGAGAGAUGUCCCAGAGAAAAGUGCUCACCAUUGACACAAUGAACCCCAACAUCAAGAAGGUGGAGUAUGCAGUGAGAGGUCCUAUAGUCCUCCGUGCUGUGGAAAUCGAGAAGGAGCUCCAAGAGGGGGUGAAGAAGCCUUUCACUGAGGUGAUCAAAGCUAACAUUGGUGAUGCCCAUGCCAUGGGCCAGUCUCCCAUCACCUUUUUGCGACAGGUGAUUGCACUGUGCAUCUACCCAGAACUGCUGAAAGACAACAAGUUUCCAGAGGAUGCCAAGAAGCGUGCCCGUCGCAUCCUGCAGGCCUGUGCUGGGGGCAGCAUUGGAGCCUAUAGUGCCAGUCAAGGCAUUGAGUGCAUUAGGCAGGAUGUGGCCCGCUACAUCGAACGUAGGGAUGGAGGAAUCCCCUCAGAUCCUGCCAAUAUCUUCUUGUCGACAGGAGCCAGUGAUGCUAUUGUGACAAUUCUGAAGCUGUUGAUGACUGGAGAGGGUAAGACGCACACUGGGGUAAUGAUCCCCAUUCCGCAGUACCCACUCUACUCUGCUGCCUUGGCUGAGCUGAAUGGUGUACAAGUCAAUUACUACUUGGAUGAGGAGAACUGCUGGGCGUUGGAUGUGGGAGAGCUUCGCCGGUCUCUAAAUGCUGCCCGCCAGCACUGUCGGCCAAGAGCGCUUUGCAUCAUCAAUCCCGGGAACCCCACAGGCCAGGUACAAAGCAAGAAGUGCAUUGAAGAUGUCAUUCGAUUUGCUGCGGAGGAGAAGCUCAUGCUGCUGGCUGAUGAGGUCUAUCAGGACAACAUUUAUGCCCAGGGCUGCAAGUUUCACUCCUUCAAGAAAGUGCUCUUCGAGAUGGGUCCAGAAUACUCCAACACCGUGGAACUGGUGUCCUUCCACUCCGCCUCCAAAUGUUACAUGGGAGAGUGUGGCUUUCGAGGUGGCUACAUGGAAGUCUGUAAUAUGGACCCUGAAGUGAAGCAGCAGCUUAUCAAACUGGUGUCUGUCAGAUUGUGCCCUCCAGUCCCUGGUCAGGCCAUGGUUGAUGUCAUUUCCACUCCCCCUCAGGAAGGAGAGCCAUCAUAUGAGCAGUUCAUCAAGGAGAAGAAUGCUGUUCUGGCCAGCCUGGCUGAGAAGGCCCAUCUUACGGAGGACAUGUUCAACACCGUUCCAGGAAUCAAGUGUAAUCCAGUGCAAGGAGCCAUGUACUCCUUUCCCAGGAUUGAGAUUCCAGACAAAGCUGUGAAGGAGGCCAAGGCCAAAGGUCUAGCUCCAGAUAUGUUUUACUGCAUAAAUUUACUAGAAGAGACUGGAAUCUGUAUUGUUCCAGGCAGUGGCUUUGGUCAGCGAGAAGGCACAUACCACUUCAGAAUGACCAUUCUUCCCCCAGUGGACAAGCUCAAAGUCCUACUUAAAAAGCUGAAGGAGUUUCAUAUAAAGUUCACCAAUAGAUAUUCUUAAUCUGCCAGUUCCUGCCUGCUUAAAAACCUUUGCACAAUACAGCCAUGUGAGCCCUCCACACUAACAGCCAAUGGAGCCUUACAAUCUGUUAGUGGAAGAUGCAACUUUGUCUCCAGGAAGAAUCCCAGCAUUGCCUGAGAGAAGGGCUGCAGUCUCGGUGUCUUCUUGUUAUGCCAAUUAACUAUUCGGAAACACACUCACCACUCACUGAAGGCCAACUCUGAAAUGUUAAGGGGAAGAUUUUUAUGUGUGAUACACUUAAAACAGCAAGGUAUACAUAGCGAGAACCAAGAUUUUAACAUUUUUCUUUACUGAGAUUAAAAAUUCUGUGCUUUGGAAGAUCCUAAGUUUAAAUUCCAACUCAAGGUCCAUUAAGAAGGUUGGUCAUGUGCCAAGACCCCAAAAGUCAUGAUGGGACAUACAGUAUGUCUCCCUUUCCACCAUUAGAUGAAUUCUUAGCACCAUUCUUUUUCCAUCUUUUUGGAACAUCCAGAACAGGCCUUUUGAAUUUGAUGCAGAGGACUAGUUUUGUGUACUCACUAACUUUUGGACGCACAUUCAUGGCAUUCACAGGACCUUACUGUGGUAUAAAGGAGGGGUUUAUGAAUAGUUUAUAACAGCACCUGGAGUUUUAUCUAUCCACUUCCCAUUCUGCUAAUACGAAAGGUACACCCAUUUUUUGGAAGUCUACCUUUCUACCAUCUCUGUAACAUUUUUAAAAUGGACUCCUACCAGAUUCAGCAAAAAUAUUGAAGAUAUCUUUGUUCAAAGCUGGCUUUACUUGUCCUUCCAGUUCAGAAAUCGAUAAUGAGAUCUCCAACUUGAGGAGGGAAAUAAGGGGGCCUUCAUCCACUCCAGUGUUUGAAGGAAGUUAAUAAGUCGAUUUGUGUGCAGAUCUGUCCAAAUGGAAUGUCUAAAAUGACCAAGACAUUUGACUGUUUUGACUGAAGGUUUCUUUGCGUGUUUAUUAUUUGGUCAGUGUGGUCCUGUUCGCAACUUAUACUCAUCAUGGUUGUAAUAAUCAAUAAGCCAUUACAAUGAUUUAGUGGCUACAGGCCCUAGCAUACUCCUUAAGGGACAAUCAUGACUAAGGCAUGGACAUUUAUCCUUUAUUCGAUUCAUCCUCUAUCCUUUUCCAUUGUAAAUGAUUAUUUGCUUGCAAACUGAAAUAUGUAGAUUGGUUUACCAGGUGGAUGGGACCACUUCGUCCUCUGUGCAUCUUUCAAGUCUUUGACACGUCCACAGAGAAAUGUUAUCUAGUGCCCUGGCAGCCCAUGGGGUGCAUGUGUUCACCCCCUCCUUUAACCACAGUACAGUCCCCUCAUUUGCCGAGAGACUGGUGUACUGCACCCAGACAGAGCUGCCUGCCACUUUGGAAGACUGGACAAGAUCAGCAGGCUUCAGCUGGGUGUUUCAAAUUUUUAAUACUUGUAACCAUUUUAAGUAGCACUUGAAUAAAGUUGAUUCACAUAUUUUA